AGUCAACUGAACCUCCUCCCCUUCAUCCCUCGAGAGUCUGUCUGCAGCCGCUUCAACGUCACUGUUAUCGCUGUCUCGCACAGUAGUAAUACCAAAUUUAUUUUUGGCGGAAAGCACGCAACAAACUUCGAAAGCCGACUGAAAGGGAAUCCAAGUUCACCACCAGAGGAGGAGGCAGGGCAAAGAGCGGAGCUACUUUUCUAAUGCAAGUCACUUCUUAAAUUUAAAUAGGAUUAUUCCACCAUGUUUGCUUCAAUCAUCCUACUAUGCAUCUGCAUUGUUUUCAUAAUCUUUCAACUGAAAUCCCGGAGACCCAAGAACUUUCCUCCAGGACCGUCUACCCUGCCCAUAUUGGGAAACAUUUUGAACCUAAGCCCAGAGGACCCUCUGAAGGACUUUGAGAGGCUGAGGAAGACUUAUGGAAAUGUCUACAGUCUGUACUUUGGACCCAAACCAGCUGUUGUCAUCAAUGGGAUAGAGGCCAUAAAGAUGGCUAUAGUGACCAAGGGCAAUGAUUUUGCCGGACGACCCCAAGAUCUGCUUAUCAAUGACAGCACCGACAAGAAAGGGAUGGUUAUGGCAGAUUACGGCCCAAGUUGGAGGGAGCAUCGUCGCUUUGGUCUGAUGACCCUGAGAAACUUUGGAAUGGGGAAGAACUCCAUGGAAGACAGAAUUUAUGGAGAGAUAGAGUACAUCAUACAGACGCUGCAAAAGAGCGAUGGAAAAAUUUUCAGUCCUCAGCACAUGUUUCAUAACGUGGCCUCCAACAUCAUCUGCCAGGUUCUGUUUGGUACACGCUUUGAGUAUGAUGACGUGUUCAUCAGAGAGAUUGUUCGCUGCUUCACAGAGAAUGCUAAGAUAGCCAACGGACCAUGGGCCAUCCUGUAUGACUCUUUUCCUAUAGUUCGUGGCCUGCCGCUGCCCUUCAACCAAGCCUUUAAGAAUGUUGACACUUGUCGGAAACUUGUUAUUGCUGAGGUAAAAGAGCAUAUUAAGACCAGAGUCCCUGGAGAUCCACGAGACUUUGUUGACUGCUACCUGGAUGAAAUGGAUAAGAGGGGCGAGGAAGGUUCUACCUUCACACAAGAAAAGUUGAUCAUGUACGCUUUAGAUCUUCACUUUGCUGGGACUGACACGACUUCCAACACCCUGCUUACUGGUUUCCUCUACCUUUCAACAUACCCUUACAUACAAGAGCGUUGUCAGCAGGAGAUUGACUCAGUGCUCGAAGGGAAGGAUCGUGCCACUUUUGAAGACAGACAUAAUAUGCCAUUCAUGCAGGCAGUGAUCCAUGAAGUGCAGAGGGUUGCCAACACUGCUCCACUGAGUGUCUUUCACACUACAACUAAAGACACAGAGGUCAUGGGAUAUUCUAUUCCCAAGGGUACGCUGAUUAUCCCUAACCUCACCUCAGUGCUGAGUCAGGAGGGACAAUGGAAAUUCCCUCAUGAGUUUAACCCUGAAAACUUCCUCAAUGACAAGGGAGAGUUUUUUAAACCAGAUGCCUUCAUGCCUUUCUCUGCAGGUCCUCGCAUGUGUCUUGGUGAGAGUCUGGCUCGCAUGGAGCUCUUCCUCAUCAUGGUGACGAUACUGAGAAAGUUCAAGUUAAGCUGGCCUGAAGAUGCAGGGAAGCCAGAUUACACACCAGUCUUUGGGAUCACUCUGACUCCCAAACCGUACAGCAUGAAGGUCCAACUAAGGGCAACACAGUAGUGGGGUCAGCAGACACACAGUAGAAACAUUGGAGGCUAACCCAAUUAACAGACACAAUCAUGAAAUUCAUAGUUUUGAUUUUCCAAAGAGAGGAUGUAUGGGUUACUUAAGGUGGUUGAAAGGGUAGAGGAUCUUUAUUAAGAGAAAUGUGAUGCAAACGCUAGAACAAUGCAAAUGUGUGAUUAAAAAAUCACACAAAAUUAAAAAUUCCAAAGCAAACACAACCGCAGAAACACACAUAAAAAAACAUGCUACAAAAAGGUGAAACGACUAUGAUGCAAAGUCAAAAACACACAAGCUGAAAACAUCACCAAAACCAUGACACAUCAGGACUCUUAGACCAUAAAAGUGUGUACAAGGGCUUAAUUAGUACCAGCUCCUGUCUUCCUGUUGAAGUUGCACUACUCUAAGAUACUUGUUUGUUUUUGAUGCAUUUAAAAUGAUUUUAGAGAGAGAGAGAAUAGGAGAAAGCUGUUGACGCCUGAAGGUUGGAUUUUUCUUGACUAUACAUGAGCUUUGCUGGCAUUUGGGUUAAUACUCUCAAUAGUCUUAAUUAAUAUGAAUUAAUAAGAUAAUAUCAUAGUAUGUGAUGCAAACUGUAAACAGCUGUUACUGCAUGCCUCCAUUGUUGAUUUUGAGUGGGUAUUGGGAAUGCUCUGGUUAAUAAUUGUAAAUCAAUAUUGUUGCUGUUUGUGAUGACAGUUAUUACUUAUGAACAUAGUUGAGACACAGAAUAAGCAAUAGAGGAUAUGAGAGGAAAAGAGUGCAGUUAGAUUGCUCUUGGGUCGCAAUAUUAACACAUAUUAAUACCAAGUGUAAGAGUAUGUGGUCAAACACAUAUUGCAGUUCAAUCACAGAAAACCAUUUCAAUGCAAGGUUUAAAGAGGGUCUACUACACCACCCAGCCGGAUGUCCCUCCCACACUUAAAACUAAUUCUGGUGCCACUGUUUGUGUGUAUGACCACCAUCACUUGCAUCCAUGUACCUCCACCAAGUCCCUCAAUUUACCUCCCAUUUACUUUGUACUGUAUUUACACAUAUGAGACACUUCCUUUGGACAACAUCCACUUGGCUGUUGUGUACAUGCUACCUUUCUAACCUCCAUAGACACACUUAUAUCACUUUUUUUUACACUCUUUUGGGCACAUGCUGUAAGGCCGGAGCUCUUGCAAAACCUUCUCCCUUUACUACCUUUGUAGCGACUGCUAAGAGCCAAAAGCCGCUGAGAGGCUGACGGUGGGCCUAGUUAUUGUCAGACGCGCUAAAGCAAAAAAUCACUAUGCACAAAAAGUAAGUUUAACCUUUUAUUACCAAAGAAAGGAUCAACUCAUGAUAAAGUGCACAAACAGAAAAUAGGAAAAGUAAGUGAUAUAUAGCUUGAACUGAGCGUAAAUUAAGCAUAAAUAGCGAAAACUAAGCGCAAACCAAGCGAAAAGCAAGCGGUCAACAAAAAGUAUGGAGACCCAGCUCACCCCCUCUCUCUACCUGCAAAACAAAGGAACACAGGUGGCCUAAAUUAACUCAAUAACCCCGUCCCUAACACAUGACCCGUAAAUAACGUAAUUAACUGAUCCCACAAUAAACCAUAUUGUAAACAAACAACAUAAUAACACCACAAACAGUAUACAAACAAUAUCCUACCCUAAACUUCAAAAUAACAUUAUAUAGACACUUGAACCACUUCAUGGCUCCAACAACCUUUUUCGAAUAAAAUGCCAAUCAGGGGCCAUCACCUACAUUAGAUUAUCAGAAGAUAAAACGUCAACACAAUGCCAACAACACAGGUUCUAAAAUGGUACAAUUUAUAAAAACUAUGUUAUUUGUUAUUUUAAAUUAACACGCUGAUGCCUGAGGAUUGCUGCUAAUGAUUUAGUUUGAAUGUAAUAAUGCACUACAAUAAAUGUACUGCACUAGUCUGCCUGAUAUUAUUGCACUAAAAUGAAUUGAAUUAUUGCUUUUGAUAAAAGUCAUUAUUGUGCAGCAUCCAAAAGUUAUAAAUUGUUAUUUGAAAAUACAAUGUGUCUAUAUUGUAGACAUACUGCAUUAUACAGAUACUUGUAUGUGACACUUGUAUUCAUUAGUGAUGUCAAUAGUCUGCACAUGCUUCAAAAUGACAAAUCAUAAUGCCCCCAAAAUAAAAAAGCCCUAUAAAUAUGAAUGUAUUUACUGUUGUUAACCUGUAAACCAUUGAUUUUCUCAAAGGAUGAACUGAUGGCCGAUAUCCCAAAUCAAUAUUAUUACUAUGCACAUUUUUAAUCAAGUCUCUCUUGUUGUGGAAUUAAAAUAUAAUCAUGGCUACUCUAAUCAUGAUGACCGUCAGGCAGUUUGAGGCAUAAUCAACUGUAUCGUGUGUUACAUAUAUGUGGAAUCCCUUUUCAGAAAACUAGAAAAAUACUCGGCAAAACUUUUGCAAUAACUCUAAAUUCAAAAAAUCCAAAGCCUUUAUCAGCCAUUAACAAUAAAAAGAUAACUUUAUUGUGCAUCCUUCCUUCACAGCCAGAUAUCUUUUUUUCUUCUUCUUUAUUUUCUCUGAAUUCAACGAGUUCUUACAUGUUUUUUUUCACUGAAAUAACUUUUGGCAUUGAUUUUUCAAGGAAGGGAUCAACAAAGUGUUCGUGUAGACUGGGGCAUUGGAUGAUAGAAUACUAAUGUGUUGUUAUAUAGGGCAUACACAAACCAUUUAUUUUGUUCUUAAAUUUGAAUUAAUGAUGCGCUUUUUCAUAUGUGCUUGCCACGUCUGUAUUCAAAUAAUAUAACUGAGUAUGUAUUUUCACUUUUACUCAUUAAUUUAUAUAACUCAUUCAUUCAGUGACAUGUAUUGACAUUAAUGGAUUUAUAUGGGAUUUUAUGGGAACUGAUGAGCUUGUAUUUUUUUUUAGUGUGGUGUGUAACAUUCCUUGUAUUAUAAAAAUGAUCUACUUUCAAGAGUUAAAACUCAAUAAAAAAAUAAUAAAUAACAUUAUUAACUCC